GUAAUGUUUUGGCACAAAAGGCAGGUGAUUGUUUGGGGCUUGCCAAAAAGUGACAGACAGAGGUAAAGCAGCUAUAGAAAUGGAACACAAGACAAGUCUCCAAGCAUCCUAAAGUAUGAUGGAGUGGAUUUUUGUUGAAGGAUAUGAUUAGAGAAUCCCUGUUGUAUAGAAAACUUUUGUGUGGAUUGGAACUGAAACACCUAUGAUCUCUAAUUCAGAAAAAAAUAAAAUCAAAACAUAGGCGAUGCCUCAGCACAAACGUGAAACAGCAUGAAAUGAACUGUGACUACCAUGUCAUGUCAGCAGCACUCUCCCGAGAGAUUAUUCAUAUGACCAAACUGCCCUCGUUCCCCUAAUCCGUUUUCGAGAGUUACAACCACCAUGGACGGCGGGAACCGACCGGAGGCGGAGCGCUGGCUAUACACCGCCAACAAGCUCCUGAGCGCGCGUGACCUGCACGGUGCGCGCUCCUUCGCCAUCCGCGCGCGUGAGUCGGACCCGACCUACGAUGCCUCGGAGCACCUCCUGACGGUCAUCGACACGCUCCUCGCCGGCGAGUCGCGGAUCAACGACCACCACCGCGACUGGUACGGGAUCCUCCAGAUUCUCCGCUACACCACCAACAUGGACCACAUCGCCGCCCAGUAUCGCCGCCUCGCGCUCCUCCUCGACCCUCACCGCAACAUGUUCGCCUUCGCCAGCCACGCCUUCUCCCUCGUCAACGACGCCUGGUCCGUUCUCUCCAAUUCCGCCAAGAAAGCCAUGUACGACAGCGAGCUCCGCUUGCUCACCGCUCCGGCGCCGCCGCAACAUCAUCCUCUUCCCCCGCAGCCUCAACCCACGCUGAGGCGAAACCCUAGAUCGAGGGACGAGCCGAAUCCUAACCGUCCCGAGUCGGCUGAGUCGAGUCGGCAGACUCGGACCGUGGAAACUGAUACAGGAACAAGUUUCUGGACCUCGUGUCCUUAUUGUUAUGUGCUGUAUGAAUAUCCCAAGGUUUAUGAGGAGUGUACCUUACGGUGCCAGAGUUGUCGGAGAGGGUUUCAUGCGGUGGUGAUACGGUCGCCGCCGCCGUUGAGUGGGAAAGACGGUUCUUAUUGUAGUUGGGGGUUUUUCCCGUUAGGGUUUUCUGGGAAUUCGAAGGAUGUGAACGGGCAUGCCUCGAAUUGGAACCCGUUUUCGCCUUUGUUUCCUUGCCCCUUGAAGGGGUCGUCCAAAAGGAGGCCUCAGAGGAACUGGGCUUACUAUGACGACGAUGCUGCGGCCGCGUUUAUAGAGUUGUCGGACCCGAGUGACGACGAUUCCGGUGAUGGGGACUGGAGGAUUGGGAAGAAUAGGGGGAGGAAGAGGACUAGAGGGAAGAAAAAUUCUGGUGAUGGUAGGAGGGAGCCUGUGGAGAGAACUAAGAGGGGUGCUCAUGUAGGAAAUGAUAAUGUGGGUUCUGGUGCUAGUGGUAAUGUUAAUGCUAAUGCUGCCUCUGCUGUGCUGGCUGGUGCGAGGGGGGAGUCUAGUAAGAAGGCUGCAUUGGGUGGUUCGAGGAGGCGGGGGGCAGGAAACUUGGGGAAGUUGGAUUUGAAUGUGGAGUUUAGCAAUGAGGUGGAGGAGCCUUCCCGUGGAGUGCACAACCGCGAAGGGAAUGCUGCUGGACAUGCUGAGGAUAAUAUUGAAGGGAUUGGGUUUUUUGAAGGCCUUGAUGAGUUCCUCAGUAGCUUGCCCAUUCUCAAUGUUGUGGCAGAUGAUAAGGCUUAAAAACAUCUUUAAAUGGCAAUAUCUGGGAUGUGGCGAUACCUGUUAGGUCCUUGGUACUGUGAAACUACUCAUGUAGUUUCAUGUCACUCAUGAUUGAAAAGAGAAACAUGCUUUAGUAUGGUUUGAUUUGUGUACCCGACUCAGCAUUUUCAAAGUUCUAACUAACUGGAAUCUGCCCAAGCUCACUAGCUCAGCAUGGUAUUUGGUAUUUUCAUUUUGUUGUGAAUUUUGCAGUUUCUACUCGCAAUUCUCCCCUUUUCAACUCGUGCAUUGAUUCCCUUUAGAAGUAAGUUUAAUCUGUGCUGCAAAACUUUUAGUGGUGGGUACUGGGUAAUGCUUUCUAAAGCUUACAUUUGGUUCUGGAUCCUGAUAAAGCAUCUUGCCAGGUGCUAAUAGGCAUUAUUUUUAGUUUUUUUUUUCUUGAUCUUAAUUGUAAAUCUGAUCAGCAUAAGUCGUACUUUCUUUCACCAUUUCAGACAUAAGGAGUAGUCUACAAAAUAAAUAGUCAUGAACAGGGAUAAGAGAGUGGUUAAUGAAUUUUGAAAGAAUGUUUUUUCUUUAUAA